GAGAGAGAGGAGAGAGAGUCAAGGUGGAUGGCGGACAUAGUGUGUGUUUUAGACAGAGAGAGAGAGAGAGAGAGAAGAGAGAGAUUCUGGAGUGAGAAAGACAAUGAGAUAAAACCCUGGUCUCCUGUUCUGGCAUUUCCAAUUUCUCUAAUAUUCUAUACGUAAAGGCUCAUCCUUUUUUUCUCCAAUUCACCUUUUUGAAAUUCUGUGACCCUUUCCAUGCCCCUCUCCCUCUUUUCUCCAGCUAUUAUACUCUCUCUCUCUCUCUUGCAUAUAUUAUAUUAUAUUAAUUAACAUUAUCAUUAUCUUUAUCAAAUCAUCAUCAAGUGGAAGCAGCUGAUAUAUACUUAUAUAGAGCUAGCUUAAUACCUGAACCUGCCUCCACAUCACAACAUAACCCAGAUCACGAAAAGCCAAAGCCAAAGCGCAAGCCAUGGGGAGAGCUCCUUGCUGUGACAAAGCCAAUGUCAAGAAAGGUCCCUGGUCACCUGAGGAAGAUGCCACCCUCAAGGCUUACAUUGAGAAGCAUGGCACCGGCGGUAACUGGAUUGCCUUGCCCCAGAAGAUAGGCCUUAAAAGGUGUGGCAAAAGCUGUCGCCUUAGAUGGUUGAACUAUCUCCGGCCGAAUAUCAAGCAUGGAGGUUUUUCAGAGGAAGAAGACAAUAUCAUCUGCAGUCUCUAUAUAAGUAUUGGAAGCAGGUGGUCUAUAAUUGCAGCCCAGUUACCAGGGCGAACUGACAACGACAUUAAGAACUACUGGAACACAAGACUGAAGAAAAAGCUCUUGGGCAAGCAGCGCAAGCAACAACAGGCUCAGCAGAGCCGCCGUGCCGCCAGCAGCCUAAAGCAAGAGAUGAUUAAAAGAUCAGAAAGCGCUGCAACUUUUGCUAACCUUCCAGUUGAGUUUGUGAACCAAAAUCCUUACUGGGCUCCAGAGCUACCAGUGGCAGUGCCCAUGGUGAAUUAUCAAACACAUGAGCCUCAACUCAUCAAGGACCAGGCUUCCAUUAAGAACAUGCUCAUCAAACUUGGAGGAAGAUUUUCAGCUGACAAUACUACCACUACAACCACCAACACAAAUUUUCUGUACCCUGUUGACAUUUCCUCCAGCUCCUCAUCAGAUCAUCAAUUCUAUCAGAACCCCAUUGAUGUGCUUACUUGUACUUCAGCACCCAACAACAAUAUUUAUGCUGCUGAUCAGUUUGCAAGCACACACUAUGAUGCUAAUAAUAAUGGUGGGGGUUCAAGUAGUCCAACCAUGUUCCAGGGCCUUGAUGAUCACAACAACAAUCUACAGGCUGAUCAUCAUCUGAGUGAAUUGGUGGUUUAUGGCAACGACUUUCCUCAUCAGCAUCAGCAAUUGGAUGGCUUCUAUCAAGCGGCCGAGACGCUGAACAACGGUAGCACUGGAACUAGUACUACUUCUGCAGAGAGUGAAAUUAGUUGGGGAGACAUAAACUCCCUGGUUUAUAGUACUCAGAUGGUUUCAGACUAUGAAACCUGCCAACAAAGAAUGCCCACAGUUCAUUCUGUCUUUGCAGAGUCAACCUACUUUGGCCUCAAAUGACACCAAUGUACAUGGUAACUGGGGUUGGAGGGUUGUAAAUGAAUUUGGACCACAAGGGAUUUGGUGUCUCAAUUUCAGAAAAAAAGGCUAGCCAAAUUGAACUGAGUAGGAUUUGUUUGCUUUUCAGUCAGACUUUGAUCAAGUUGACCAUCUCUUUAUUUCUCAUUUCUUUGAUUUUAUAAUUAAUUAACAACUUUAAUUUCUCUCUAAUAUGUUAGCUUGGCUGAAGUAUCAAAUU